CCUCCGUCGCUCUUCUUCCGCUGGACGACACUGACUGCGGGUGCACCUCUGUGGUCGUUCUCAUCAGAGUUCAUCCACCACCUGAGUUUUGUCAUCCUCCCGCGAGUGCAUUAAUCAAGCUUCGCGAUGCCUCCCAAGUUUGAUCCCACUGAGAUCAAGACCGGUAAUGCUUGAGAUUUUGUGUAAUAAGAACAUCAUUGACUGAUGGUGACCCGUUGGCCAUGAUGGUUUCGGCGGUCGCAAGUGUGUCUGAGAUGUGUUGGUGGAGAAAUGGCUGCCACCUCUUCCCUGGCCCCCAAGAUCGGUCCCCUCGGUCUGUCCCCCAAGAAGGUGGGUGACGAUAUCAUGAAGGCGACUGGUGAUUGGAAAGGCCUCAAAGUGACUGUCAAGCUCAUCAUCCAAAACAGGCAGGCUAGAGUGGAGGUUGUGCCCUCAGCUGCCUCCCUAGUUAUCAAGGCACUCAAGGAGCCUCCACGUGACCGCAAGAAGGUCAAGCACAUUAAGCAUAAUGGAAACUUGACUCUGGACCAGAUGAUUGACAUUGCCCGCACAAUGAGACCGCGUUCCCAGGCCAAGGCCCUCUCAGGUACUCUGAAGGAGGUUCUGGGAAGUGCACAGAGUGUUGGGUGCACGGUCGAGGGACAGAACCCCCAUGACAUCAUUGAAGGUAUUAACGAUGGCAGCGUUGAAGUCCCUGAAGAGUAAGAUGUGGCAUAACUCAGCCAACCAACACACCACAGACCCUGGGAGAAGAAUACACGAAGAGACCAAGAUUCUCUGACCAAGAAUGCAUUUGUUAGGGAUUAUAGUCCCCUUUGCUCAUUCCAUAAUGUGUGAAAAUCUCAUGGUUAAUAAAGUGUGAAGGUGA